AUGGCCCCGGCGGGGCCCGGCCCGGCUCGGCACCCGCGGGGUUCCGAGCGCUCCGGCCCGGAGCCGCGGCUGCGGCUGCGCGGCCACCCGGAAGGGGAAGGGGGAAGGGGGAAGGGACCGGGGAAAGAGGAAAGGGAAGGUGGAAUCCGCCGAUUCCUCUGCCGGGCGGUCUGGGGCUGCCCCGCGGGGAGUGCGGCCGCGGGUCGCCGUGACCGGUCGGCGUGUUGCAAAGUUUUCUUAAAAAAAGCUGUUCUUCGGGGUGACCGUCUCCGGAGAGAAUGUGAUGUCAGCUGCCGGACACUUCCAGCACAUCAGGAUCAGCAGGACUCCCCCCGGCACGUGCACAGCCAGCCCCACAGGCUGCGGGAGCCUUUCCCUCCUGCCAGGCCAGAUCAUAGCGCCCUGCUGUUCCCCGGCAAUUCAGACUGCUGGCAGGGAGGGUACUGCUCGCUGCAGGCAGCCAGUUCUGCUCCUGAGCACCUUGGCACCUUGGAGCCUCUUCUUAGCCAGAUAGGAAUGACAAACCCAGGUUCCACUUGGGGCAUGCUGUGUAACCAGAGGGGCUGUAAGGAUGGAAGCAGGCAGCGCUCCAUUCUUCUGUCCCCUGUGACCAUCAGCCCCUGCCAAGACUUUGGGCAGAGAUCUCCUUCCUCCCACUCCCACUGAGCUCCUGCAGUUCUCUAUAAACUCCAGUGCAUUUCUCUGCAGGGACAUCCCCAUGCUCUCAACAGCAGAGUCAAUGCCAGCUGACAUGGAACUACCAGAUCAUUCGCAGAAUCCUUACUGUGACCCCAAUGCACUGGAAGGAUGAAUUGGUCUUUGUUUUCAAAAUGAGAGAACUACAGAUGUUAGCGUUGAAACACAUAAUCACAGGGUGAUUAUAUGCAGGUGCUUUUAUUGAAGAGCUCUGGGAAUCAGGGGUACAAACCCAAAUCUGACUCCCACAUGGAUUCGAGAUGGACAUUUUUUUAUACUCUUUUUGUUAUAUAACUAUAUAUUAAUUAUUAAACCCCUAUUGUUCUACUGUAUAUAUUGAUCUUAUCCAAGCAUGUAUUCUUGUAAUUUUCAUCAGGACCUCCAAGCAUCCUUUCUUAUGAUUCUUGUUACGAUUACAUUGUUUCUCAUUAUUCUUAUUACAAUUAAGCAAUAAUUAUAUUCAAUUACCAAACAAUCAUUGCAUUUAACAAUCAUAUCGUUUAUUGACUAUCAACUUAUCGUUUAUCAAUUAUUGUUUAUUAACUGCAGGUGCAGUUUCACAUCAUCUAAUAAAGACAAAGCUCAACAUUCA